AUUCCGCGAUAAAAGUAGUCCCAUACAUUAGCACGACGUUGCCUUGUAUUGAUUUGCAGCGCCAGUUUAUGAUAAGAGCGGCACAGCCAUUCUGUACAAGUUUUACCCGACUCCGCUGGCUGGGCGAUCGUCGAAACACGUGCGACUUUGGCGCUACUAUCUCCUAUUCGAAAUAAUCGAAGAAUGUGAAAAAUCUGUUGUGUGUGGACUAUUUUCUGGGUGGUGCCUUUAUCAUGCUCUCUUCGUCCUUUCCAAAGACUCUGAAUUGAAGCGGUAAGGAUUUAAGGAAAAAAUUAUGAGUACAGACGUAGAUAGUAAUAACAUCGAUCAAGAUGGAAGGAAUACUAAAACGAAGGAUUCCGUUCCCCCUACCCAGCCUUAUCAGGGCGCCGGAUAUCAGUGGGAUAAUUACGAUUAUAGGCACGUUUAUAGGCCUCCUCAGCAGACACCGACGCUGAAUCAGUUAUUGACGAAUAACGCUGUUCGUUACGACGAUUGGAGGGGUGGUGGUCCACCACCGUUCCAUUACCAGCCGCAACACGACGGACGACCUAACAUGAAUUACGCUCAGCAAUCUCCUUAUCCUCCGCAGUAUGCUGGAUAUGGUCACCACAUACAGCCUAACGGCCAGGCUUACCAACAGCAGAUGCCACCUCAGCAGCAACCUGUUUAUGGUAUGCCUACGAAUCAAAACUGCAAUGACGACAAGUCAACCAAUGCCCAUCCUCAACCUGCAACUAAUGAAACUCCUUAUGCUAAUGGCACAGUAGCGGCAGAUGGCGUAAAAGAAAGAACUCAAAACGGUGAGGAAGAGGAAGAGAAGAAUGGUUCGAGACCAACUCAAUCCCCAAGUGGUGGAUCCUCUCGUUCUAAUACCCCAGCUGCAAGCAAUAGUCCAAUGCCUCAGCAACAACAACUCCAUCCUCAAACGGGUCAACAAAUGAUGCCUCCACCAACUCCGGCAGCAUAUAAACCCUCCAUUGGGCAAUACAAUAACCCCUAUUUUCAUCGAAUGCAGUAUAUGAGGAUGCCUAACAACGGAUACCCUCAACAGCAACAACAGCCCACGUAUGGAUAUCCGCAACAACAGCGCCCUAUGCAGAAUCAAUACAUGAAACCACGGUAUGGGGGUGCUGGUGGACAAUGGCCAAUGGCAGAACCUCAACAGGCUCCUCCUCAGCAGUGGCCUCCACAACAACAACAACAACAGCAGCAACAACAGCAGCAGCAACCACCGCCACCACCACAACAACAACAGCCGCAACAGCAGCAGCCACCCCCUCAACAGCAUCAGGGACCACCACCCCCAACUUUAACUGCGGAAACGGACGCAAGUAGUGAGGGUAGUACAGGUAUGAGUGUAAAACCCGGAGAGCCGAGUCCUGCAGAGAAUAGCAACAGUCAAGAUUCACUGCCGGACAAAUGCAGGAAAUCUGCCACGGCCACUGGAGACCCUCCUACUCCGGCUAGUCUAGCUGCUCCAUCACCCUCACCAUCUAUGCAUGAGGAUGACGGAAUGUCACCGUGGACUCCAUCCUCUAAUGCACCAAAAAUAUCAGCUAAUGAUAAUGUAACCAGAAUGUUUGAUAUGGGCGAUGAACCAGAUAGAAAACCCUGGUUAGAACGUCUUUUCGCUUUUCAUGAAGAAAGGGGUUCUACAAUUACAGCAAUGCCUUGUGUUAGUAAGCAAGUUAUUGACUUGUUCCGUUUAUACAAGGCGGUAAAAGAAAGAGGAGGAUUACUAGAGGUUAGCAAAAUGCGAAAAUGGCGAGAAGUUUGUACAGCAAUCAACAUUGGUUCUUCUGGUUCUGCUGGUUUCACCCUCAAGAAGAAUUAUAUCAAACACAUAUUCCCUUUUGAAUGCAAGUAUGAGUUGGGUGGUAUCGAUCCAAAUCCGAUAAUUGCUAAGGUGGAUGCAUUAUCGGGAAAAAAGGAACGAAAUCGGCAAAAUCCACCUCAAGUUUGUUCAUUAUCUGUUACGAAUGACCAAGAAAGCUCUCAUAAUGAUGUAAAAUCACUAGUAAAACACUGUGUAAGAAAGUCGAAACCAUGCAAAUUCAUUAACGACUUCGACUUCGCACCGAGCGGUGCCAAUAAUGAAAUGCUAGAUACAAUUACGGGGACUUUGGAAGGCGGUAAAGUUCCUAAUUGCUCGCGGACGGAAGUAAUUGAUUCGACUGAAUGUAAGAACGACGUAAAUGAAAAAGUGAAUAAGCAAAAAAGCCUUGAAGUCGAGGAGGAAUCCCCGAUUUGUGAGGAAGAAGUGCUUUUGCAUAGCAUAAAUAAUGAAUCGAGUGCUCCGAAUCAAAGUCAACUAGUGAUGCCGCCAAAUAUGGCACCAGGUAUGCCAAUGGGUCAUGGUAUGCCCCCAAAUAUGGGUCAAAAUAUGCCUCAGAAUAUGGGUCAAAAUAUGCCUCAGAAUAUGGGUCAAAAUAUGCCUCAGAAUAUGGGUCAAAAUAUGCCUCAGAAUAUGGGUCAAAAUAUGCCUCAGAAUAUGCCCCAGAGCAUGCCGCAAAAUAUGCCUCCAAUGAGCAACAUGCCGCCUCAGAACGUUCCUCCUAAUAUGCCGCCGAAUAUCUCUCAUAAUAUGCCGAAUAUGCCAAAUAACAAUAUGAGUUCUGUUGCUCCUCCGGCUUCUUCAUCAUCCGUGAAUGUCAGUAAUCCUUUUGCUGACACUCCAAGCUAUUCGUCGCCAAGACCACCUUUCCAACCGCGACUUCAACAACAAAGACCGGUUCCAAUAGACAAUCAGCAAAGCGGCGAGCAACAAAGACCCUCUUCGGCUUCUUCGGUUGGUUCACAACCACCGUCUACUCCAACACCAUCUUGCACGCCACAACCUGACACUGCGUCCGAAGCACUUCCGUCCACCAGCAGCACUCAACAGUCGCGGCCUAUGCAGCAACAACAGCAAACGGCCGGAUCUUAUCAGCCUUCGUUGACGCCUUCUCAACCGUAUCCUCAUGGAGGGCAGAAUUCGUAUUCCCAGCCGCCUCAGCAGCAACAGCCGCCGCCACCGCAAAGCUCCUAUCCACAGCCAAUGCAACCAUACCCUCAAGCUCAGCAGCAACCGUACAAUCAGACUCCACAACCGAGUACUUAUCCAUCUCAUCCGGGACAGGUUCCUUACUCGCAAACUUCACAACAAAACGUUUAUUCGCAGCAGGGCCCAAUGGUCAGCGGCUAUUCUCAACAACAAGGAAUGUAUAACCAAGCCCAACAACCUUCUCAGCCAGGGCCGCCACCACCACAGCAACAGCAACCUGUUUAUUCUUCCCAUAUGCCUCCAACAGGGUAUAGUCAGCAACCGACCAUGUAUAACCAACAACCUUAUUCUCAAAUGCCUCCUCAAAAUGCUUAUUCUCAGCAAUCGAUGUAUAAUCAACCACAAGGAAUGUACAGUACGAUGAUGCAACAGUGGGGCAAUACAGCACCACCACCACCACCAGAUAACAUGAUGUGUGAUGAUUACGACUCCACAGGUCCAAAUUGGUCAAGGCAUUACAAUCCGAAUACGGUUCCUAGAGGCGGGCAAUCGACGGUAUCUUCUCCUCAGCGAACUGAACCCGCUGCCACAUCCAAGCCGUUCAUAUCACCUCAGCGUCCCAAGAGAACCCAACCCGAAGCCUUUCCGCAUCAAAGUGUUGAGACAGCACAGCCUGUCCUAAGGAAACGUCGAAGAUUGACUCCAAAAGACUUGGGAGGACAGGUUGAUCCCUGGCGAUUAAUUGUCGCUUUAAAAUCAGGCCUGAUUGGUGAAUCGUCUUGGGCAUUAGAUGUUCUGAAUGUGUUAUUGAGAGAUGAUGAAACUGUCGCUUAUUUUUCAUUGUCUAAUCUUCCGGGUCUCGUUGACUUGUUGUUAGAUCACAUGCGUCGGACACUGAUCGAUUUAUUUCCAUCUGAUGAAGACUUGCAAGCACUCGAACAUAUCGACACUAUUCCCUUCGCAGAGCCUUCAAUAGAUGUAGGUGAAGAAAGCUUGAGGGUGAAAGCUGUCACGGUUGAUGAUGAAACUGAUUUCACUCAAAGAUCUCGAGAUGGGAAAAUAGUUAAAUUAGACACAAAAUGCAAACAAAAUCCAGCUACCCAAAAUUCCAACAAUUCUACAAUUGUCGAAUCAAUCUUGGAUACAAAUCAUUGGGAUAGUGGCGGAGCGGAAAUUUCUAAUCAUAUCAUAACCCACUUUGAAAGCUCUGGUCAUCAGCGAUUCCAGCGAGAAGCCUUCUUUUCUGGUCGACGAGCUCGUGUUUUGGAUAAGCUAGGAGUAGAAAGAUCAAACUCUCCAAAAACUGUAAGCCCCAUUAAAACAGAAGAGGAUCCUCUAAAGGAUAUACGGUUGGAAAUUGCAAAUAAAACUCUUGAUCAGCUUGAAGCAGAGAUGUGUGAAGCAACUAACGCUACCAAAAAGCAAGAAAUUAAACCAGAAACGAAACCUGAAACAAAAGAGGAGGACGGCAAUAAUAGUAAGGAUAGUCAAAAAGGGGAUAGUAAUGAUGAUGAAAACGGUACUUGUCCAGAUGAAGAGAAAAACGGAUCAGACGAGAAAACAAUCGAUCCGGAAAUUGAAGAAGCAAUUAAUGCACGUUUGAUGAGAUAUAAUUGUAGAAGAACCGUUUUGGAAGCAUACGGUGACAAAGAUGCAUUGUUUCUUGAUGACUUGAAACGAACUUGGGAUGAAAGCGGAUUGGAAAGUGAGGCUUGGCAACCUGACGAACCAGCACUAGUUUCUGCUGUUCCUGAUUUGGAACAAUUAGUUCAACGAGCAAUUGUAUUGUCAAAUAUCAUUCGCAGUUUAUCCUUUGUUCCUGGAAACGAAUGUGAGCUAUGUAGCCAUGCUGGACUUUUGCGUCUAUAUGCUCGAGUUCUUAUGAUCUGUCAUCGACACGAAAAAGAAGAGCCUCCAAUCGAUGAAAAUGACGCUCACUGUUGGUGGUCUGGAUUCAAGUUGGUGCGAGAAAAUGUUCUUGUAACUAUAACGAAUAUUGCAGGGCAGUUAAAAUUAGAAAAACAUGGAGACGAGGUCGUUGUGUCUCUGCUAGAUGGCCUUCUACAUUGGGCAGUUUGUGGCUCUUCAGCUGCCAAUGAUGCGCUUCCUUCUCUCAGAUCUUCUUCCGCCUCUCUUUCUCCCCAGCGUUUGAUGCUCGAAACAUUCGCAAAAUUGUGCGUUACUGAUUCAAACAUUGAUAUGCUUUUAGCCCUUCCUCCUUUUUGGCGCCUGACGAAAUUUAUAAGCCACUUGGUGCGCCAUCUCUCGCCUGAUUCCGAAAAUCAUUUAAGGGAAAUGUGCAUAGUGAUUGUUUCUUCUCUUACUGCGGCCUCAACUUCGGCAGCACGUCUUACUGCCCUAUGGCAUCCAGCUGUUCCUAUCCUGUUGUCAUUUGUUGAAAGUGCCGAACAGCAUGCUAUGAAGGUAGCAAGCUCUUAUGGGGUAAAUGUUCUGAGAGACUCCCCAGAUAUGAUGGGAACCAGUUUGGAUAUGUUACGAAGAGCUGCUAAAGCACUUCUAAAUAUGGCGAGGGUGCCAGAAAAUGGUCAAGUGUUCCGAAAGUAUGAACAACGCCUCCUAACGCUAGUCAUGUCGCAGAUUUUAGAUCAAUCAGUCGCCCGGAUUAUCGCUGACGCCCUCUACCAUACGCAACUAGCCGAACGAAGCUGACCGGCUAGAAAGUGUACAUAAGUUAUAAACGACGCUAUGAAUAAUCGUAUUUGAUUUCUUUUCCGAAACGACAACUGCUAUUUAGAGAUUAAACGAUUGUGAUUUACGCAACUAUGAAAUAUAAUGAUGCAUGCAUAUUAUGUCCUUAAUUAUUUUGUAUUUUGUAUUUUUCGCUUCGCUCUAUAAAUAUUGUAAUAUAACUAACGUAUACAAAUUCAAGUUUGCUUUCUCGUAAUGCUCUCAGUAAGACAGAUGGCAGUUUCAAUACUUUCAUGCGCAAAAGACGGCAAUGAAAUUAAUAUGAUUCAAAUGAGAUCUCUGGGAGUGCUGGAAACGGUGAUAUAUGUAUAAAUUAGUAAAUAAUUGGGAAAUUUGAAUUGCUUUAAGGUUGACUGAAUCCUUAUCGUGCAUCAUUUAUCAUGCAGUAAUUAUAGUAAAAGAAGUUAAAGUGUUAGUAUCCUUUAUUCUUUGUAAGCUCUCAUGUUUAUAAGAAAAGUUUGAUAAUCUUAUAUAGACUGAGCAAUUUAUAAAUGAAGAUUAAGAAAAAAAUUCUUUUUAGCAUCCAAUAAAAUAAAGUUUUGCAGAUGUGAAUCAAUACUCGUGUAAUUGUCUAUAAUACAAUAAACCGUU